GUAGCUCGGACAGAAGCAAGUUGGCUGUUGGGCAAAAUGUUUUUUCAAAUCAAUAAAGUGGUGCUUCUGAUCGUAUUUAAUAUAUUCCUAAUGGUUACUGGUGAUAACUAUAAGGAUGAUACUAUGGAACGGACGGCAAAAAACGGAAGAGCGAGAGUAGUAUUCACACCCAUACGGGGCAAGCGGAUGUUUUCUGAUAACAGAGACACCUUGCUGAGGAUGUUGGAGGCGGCCGACGCGCUCAAAUAUUACUACGACCAGCUGCCCUACUACGAUUCGCAGUCCGACGACCAAGAAGCUAAAGUGACCAAGAAAGUAAUAUUCACGCCGAAGCUCGGACGGAGUUAUGACGACGCGUUCGAGAAGCGAGGCUACGAGAACGACUUCACGCCGAGGCUCGGCCGCCAAGCUGACGCCGUCACCGCUUCUGACGAAGUUUACAGACAGGACGCGUCGAUAGACGGCAGGUCCAAGUAUUUCUCCCCGCGCCUCGGCCGCACUGUGGAGCUGACACCACGCCUCGGCAGGUCGUACAACUACGAACUGUACCCCAGCAAAGUCCGUAUAGCCAGAAGCACCAAUGGGACUAAACCAUAGACACACUGAGCGAAUGAAUACCUAACACUAAAUAAUAUUGUGAAUACCUGCA